AUGCCGCGGAAAAACGCAAAAACGAUUGAAGAAGAAUUGUUAGCAAAAGCUCCAUUCUCUUCCGAUUACUGGACGUCGUUCUGGCAACCCGAGGACGAUCUGGAAGACGAAGACAAAUCUCUCGGUCAAACACGUCUUUCCCAACAGCAGCUCUUCUCUCUCUGCACGCUUCCUCAGAUCCAACACUGGAUUAUCAGCCUGGAUUUGGCCUUCUACCAAACCAUUGUCGACAUUCUUGUGCCCGAUGUGCUGAUGAGCAAUAUGUCGCCUUUCCUCACGCAGUCAUGUCGAAACUUUGCCAAAAAUGCAGAGCACUACCUGAAGAAAGCCAUGCAAGGCGCUCCAGAAAUCAUUCAGAAGAAGAAGAUCCAAGCUGUAAAGUACAUGGCGCAAGGACUGAGAAGGUGCCACUGCACGCAUUUCAUGAAUCCGUUUGUUGUAAUGAAAGAAAAAGAUUACAGAUACACCUCAUUGAACCAUCUGGCCCAAGCAGCUCGCGCAGUACUUCAGAAGCCCGACCAAGUUAUGGCGAUGUACAACGACUACAUAAGAGUUGACAUGCAACAGGUGCAAGAGCAAGCUGGCUGGGUGAGCGGAUGUGACUCGUUGAUGGUUCAUCACAUUCACAACGCUUUCAAGGAUAAUCUGCAGAAAAUGGCGCCCAUGGAGGAAUGGGCCGAAUGGCUCGAAAGUAUUGUAGACCAGAUCCUCGCCAAAUACCACGACAAGCCUGUGCAGAUUAUUUCCGAGAUAGGAAAGCAGUUUCUUCUCAACUGGAGCUGCUACACCUCGAUGUUGAUUCGCGAUUUAAACGCUUCGGUCAGCCGGCUCGUUUGGAUCAUUCCAUCUGAUCCGACUUCUUACUGA